AUGGCUAGCCAAACUCCCACCGAUAACGUCCCCGCAGGCGACGCUGCUCCCACAAGCCUGCCUGACCGUACCCAGAACCCCGCCGACGGACAGGCGGGCGAAUCCAAGAACGCCGCGAAGAAGGCCGAAAAGGCGGCGAAAAUGGCUGCUGCCAAGGCUGAGAAGGCCGCUAAGCACGCAGCAGGUGUGAAGUCUGAGAAGAAGGAAACCAAGAAAGCGCCUAAGAAGAAGGUUGAUGGUGCUGCGCUUAUCGGCAUUGAUGCGGCGAAGGAGGAGAACUUCCCAGACUGGUACCAGCAGGUCCUGACGAAGGGAGACAUGUUGGACUACUAUGAUGUGUCGGGCUGCUUCAUUCUGAAGCCCGCUUCAUACUUUAUCUGGGAGGAGAUCCAAGACUGGUUCAACAAGAAGAUCAAGAAGAUGGGAGUCAAGAACUGCUCAUUCCCACUGUUCGUGACCGAGGAUGUGUUGCAGCGCGAGAAGGAUCACAUUGAGGGCUUCGCUGCCGAGGUCGCCUGGGUGACUCAUGCUGGUUCGACUCCUUUGGAGAAGAAGAUCGCCAUUCGUCCCACCUCCGAGACUGUCAUGUACCCAUAUUACUCAAAGUGGAUUCGCAGCCAUCGCGAUCUGCCCCUGCGAUUGAACCAAUGGAACUCUGUUGUUCGAUGGGAGUUCAAGAAUCCCCAGCCUUUCCUCCGCACGCGUGAGUUCCUUUGGCAAGAGGGCCACACAGCGCACUUGACCGAGGAAGCCGCCCGAAAGGAAGUCUUGCAGAUUCUUGACUGGUAUGCCGACAUCUAUUCCGAGCUUUUGGCCGUCCCUGUGGUCAAGGGUCAGAAGACAGAGAAGGAGAAGUUUGCUGGAGGUCUCUACACCACUACUGUUGAGGGAUACAUUCCUGCUACCGGACGUGGCAUCCAGGGUGGUACUUCUCACGGUCUUGGUCAGAACUUCAGUAAGAUGUUCAACAUCACCGUUGAGGACCCCUCUGCCAAGUCUGGUGAGCAGAAGGAUCCUCUGCAUGUCUGGCAGAAUUCGUGGGGUCUGUCGACCCGUACCCUCGGUGUCAUGGUCAUGAUCCACAGUGACAACAAGGGUCUGAUUCUGCCUCCCCGAGUUGCUGAGACUCAGGUUGUCAUUGUUCCUGUCGGCAUCACUGCGAAGAGCACUGAGGAGGACCGGGAGAAGCUCAAUGCCGAGAUUGAUGGCUUAGUUGCGGUCCUUGAAGCUGCUGGUGUGCGUGUUCAGAGCGAUAAGCGUGAAGGCUACUCUCCCGGCUGGAAGUUCAACCAGUGGGAGCUUCGCGGAGUGCCCCUUCGCCUUGAGUUUGGUCCAGGCGAGUCCGCUGGCCACUUCGUCACUACUGCUCGUCGUGACAUCCCUGGCAAGGAUGGAAAGUCAACCCUUCCUGUGGCUGACUUGGUCAGCGGCGUCACUGCGCUCUUGGAGACUAUCCACACCGAUAUGUACAACCGAGCCGAUGCCGAGUUCAAGGCCCACCGCCCUCAGAUUACGAACUGGGAUGAGUUCACUCCUGCGUUGAAUGCCAAGAAUCUUUGUCUUGUUCCUUUCUGUCUUCAAAUGGACUGCGAAGACUCGAUCAAAAACCAGAGUGCCCGUAAGGCCGAGGAAGAGUCUGGCGAAGUCACUGAUGCCAAGGCUCCUUCCAUGGGUGCCAAGAGUCUCUGCAUUCCCUUCGAACAGCCUGAAGGCAUUGAGCCUGGCGUCACCAAGUGCAUCAACCCCAGCUGCUCGAACUUCGCCGAGAAGUGGUGCUUGUUCGGUCGCUCUUACUAA